CAACGAAAACGAAGAAGAUUAUGCGAUACCGGUGAAUAGGCAAAAAAUAAGAGAAUCGCGAUAUGCAGCUUUUUCGAAUAAAAAUAAAAACGGUAGCAAGAAUAAGAGAAGAAAUUCGAUUCACACAACAUCAUCAAUCAGCAGCAACAAUAGUAUCAAUGUAUUCUCGGUUGCUCAUUCUACGAUUGAUAAUGACUAUCAAGUGGAUACAAACAUUACGAAUUAUAGUACAAGUGAAGAGGACGGAAAGAAUUAUCAACUUCACGGUAACCAUGGCGAUGUGGUAAUAGUGGACGAGAAGUCGGAAUCAGAAAAUAAAGAAUACUGGAUAAAUAGGAUCACGAAGAUGGUGGAAGACGAUGAUCCACGAAAAACAUUUACUUUGGAAUCCGUCAGUUCUGGUGGUAACGGAAAGGUCUACAAGGCAACCAAUAAGAUCAACCAACAAACCUUAGCCAUAAAAGCCAUCUCGUUAUCCACCUCGAAAAUGCCAAACAUUACCUACGCCGAGGUGAUGUGCACCAGAAUCAUGAAACACCCGAAUAUUAUUGUGAACCAUAAACAGUGUAUAACGAACAAUAAUUGUGAUGUUAGAUAUGAAGGAGAGCACAAACGCGGCGUUCAUCAAUCUAAUGGUGAAUUACACGAGAAUAACAACAACAGAAGCACAACAAAUAGUAGUAUAAUAUGCGGUAACAAUACACUAUAUUUGAUAAUGGAAUUCUGUAGUGCUGGUUCACUAUGGGACGUAAGAAAUCGAAAGAAAAACAAGAGAUUUAGCGAAUUAGAAGUAGGGUAUAUAAUGCGAGAAGUACUGCGAGGUUUGGAAUAUGUACAUGGCAUGGGUAUAAUACACAGGGACAUAAAGGCUCAAAAUAUCUUGAUUGGAAAUGAUGGGCUGAUUAAGAUUGCCGAUUUUGGAUCGGCGUCAUUGCACUCAAAGGCUUCCUUGAAACUGGGAACAUUAUAUUGGAUGGCACCAGAAGUAUUGCGAGACAAUCAGGUGUAUGAUUGCAAAGUGGACAUUUGGUCAUUGGGUAUAAUGGCCAUCGAGUUGUUUGACGGGAGACCACCGUGGUAUCCCAUGGGGCAACGAAGGGUCGUAGAAUUGAUAAGGACUGUGGGUACACCUCCGUUACCGUCAGGUAUAUCCGAGGAUUUUGAAUCAUUUUUGAGAGAUUGCCUGAAGGUGAACCCGAGGGAACGACCUGAUGCCAGAGAAUUAAUGUUACAUCCAUUCUUAGCAUGUGCUGAAAUUAAUGGGAUUCACGUGGAGUAG